UAGUAUUGAUUUGUUGUAGACUUAAGUGUUGUGUUUACUCUAUAAUACAUUUGCAUUACAUUUGUAUCGCAUAUUAAAUCACAAUUCAUUAGAUUUGGAUCCAAAUUAAAUCACUAAAAGAAAUCGCAGAGAAAUCGGAUUAAAUAUAGUAGAGGUGGAGUGGAGGUGAUAGAUCACCCUAUACUGUUGCAAUGGACCCUGAAGCAUUCUUGGAGAUGGCCAAUCAGGUGACCAAACUCCGGAUGUACCCGUACUUCGAGGUCGCGCACGCAGUCAUCUCUUGCCUAUACAUCCGCGAAGACCUUUCGGCCGGAUGUGUGGCCUUCUCUCGGAAGCACCCGUUCUCGUGUUGGGUCUCAUGUAUGGUCUCUAUAUUUGCGGGCAAUAUAUUGUCGAGCUUUUUGUUGGCCGAACCUAUUUUAGGC